UUCCCAGCCAUAGCCCCUAUUAGAUAAUCUGAUACCAUCCACGGUGAAUAGAGACGGCAUUAUCUCUUUGACAGUCUGAGUACAAGCGAGAAGACCGAAAGCCACGAUGUCGCAGAGAAAACUACAACAAGAGAUUGACAAGGUGUUCAAGAAAGUGAAGGAAGGGUUGGAGAUAUUCGAUGGCUAUUACGAUAAGCUACAGACAUGCGAGAAUCAGUCGCAGAAGGAAAAGCUGGAAUCUGACUUGAAGCGUGAGAUAAAGAAGCUUCAAAAGCAGAGAGAUCAAAUCAAGUCCUGGUUGAGCGGUAACGAGGUGAAGGACAAGAAGCUGUUGUUGGAGAACAGAAAGACCAUUGAGAACGCGAUGGAGCGAUUCAAAGUGGUUGAGAAGAACAUGAAGACGAAGGCGUACUCCAGAGAAGGUCUGAAUCAGGACCGUAAUGAUCCAAGACAGAAGGAGAAGGAGGAAACGUCCGAGUUCUUGCAGCAGAUGAUUGAAGACUUGGAGAGACAGAACGAGAAGCACGAAGCGACUAUUGACCAUCUGCAGAACUCUGGAAAGAAGAGUAAGAAGCUCGACGGUGCUACCAAACAGGAGAUUUCUGAUCUGCAGGAUAAGAUGGAUAGAAACCUUUGGCAUUUGGACAAACUGGAACAGGUCCAGAGACUGAUCAUGAAUGACAUGUUAGACUGUGAACCCGUGAACGACUUGCAAGAGGAUAUAAAAUACUAUGUUGAGGAGAAUGAAGACCCGGACUUCCUGGAAGAUGAUGCCAUAUACGACGAUCUCAAAUUGGAUGAGGUUGAAGACUCCUUUGGUAACGUUGCAGAACUGGCUCCAAAGGAGGAAGAACACGAGUCUGUUCUUAUUGACGACACACCUAAGAAACCAGUGGUCCAUCAACAGACACCACCUCAUUCUUCUGGAUCCGCUACAUCUACAACUACAUCGACAGCUUCGAUACCACCACCAGCAGCAACGGCAACGAAUAUUCCACCAUCGUCGACACUUGCCAAUGCUUCACAUUCUCAUUCUUCUGGCACAGUGACACAGUUCACAUCAAACGGUACAACCACCACUCUUAAGCCUGCAAUUCUGCAAAAACAGGAGUUGAAGUACGCCUCAGUAGCUGCUAAUGCUUUAAACAGUGGCUCACAGCAGCAAACGACUCCAUCGCAUGCGUCAAAAGUCGUUCCACCGCCUGGAUUAUCCAAUACCCCAAGAAUUGGUACCCCAUUGUCAUCUUAUGUGAGUCUGAAUCACCUCGAAGGUGCACCAGCAGACUUUAAUGGUGCUUCAGAUGCAUCUAAAACUGCAUCGGUACUAGAAUCAAUCAAGGAUUUGAUCAAUAAACCAGCACCACUAGAGGACAUUUCAAAGAUGUUGGAUAUCUCGCUGUUGAAUUGUCCAGACUCUUUGGAUGCAGACAGAGCACGCACUUAUCGUCCAUCAAAUCCACAUCCCACACCAUCGGCAUAUCCACAAGAGCCAUUACCAGAGCUUACCUACUCUAGU